GAACGACCUUAACCUAAAAAAAAUUGGUAAAAAUAACAAAUAACCCCAAAUUUAGAAUUUAUUUCUAAGUCUACAUUGAUACCCUGUAACACCUAUUUAUUUUUCUAAAUCAAAACAUGAAUUUUAUUAAAAGCGCGUCAAAUUUACUCAUUUCGCAGACCGGAAACUUCCAGCAACAAACAAGGUUAAAAUGGGUGAACUGUUGGAUGAUUAGAGAUGUGAAGCGUAGAAAAGCCGUAACGGAAUAUGCACCGACUAGAUUACGCCUUAAUACUCUUAGAAAGAAUGAUAUUCUUCCACCAGAACUGAAAGAACUGGCAGAUGCCGAAAUCCAUGCUCUUCCGAGAGAUUCUAUAAUGAGGCAUCUAACAAAUCGGUGUGUUCUUACUUCCAGACCUCGAGGAGGCGUCCACAGGUGGAGAUUGAGUCGUAUCAUGUUUAGACACUUUGCAGAUUACAAUAAGUUAGCUGGUGUACAAAGGGCAAUGUGGUAAUUUUAUUUUUUGAUUAGUAGUGGCAAAUAAAAUAACUUUAUAGGUA